CAGUCUCUCCCAAGAGCAAGAGGCCGAUUCGAUCCAUCUCUAAAGCCUUUUGAGAGAGAGAAAAAGAGAAGCGGACGACAUGGAGGACAUGAAAGCUCAAGCUCAAGUGUGGAAACACAUAUACGGCUUCGCCGAGUCACUCGCUCUCAAAUGCGCGAUCGAACUCGGGAUCGCGGACAUACUCUACGAACAUGGUCAGCCCAUGACUCUCUCCGAGUUAGCCUCCUCCAUCCCUCUUCCCUCGGUCAGCCAAGACGGAUUGUACAGGGUUCUGCGUUACCUCGUCCACAUGAAACUCUUCGACCUGCAGGUCGAUUCCGACGGGUUAAAGAAGUACUGGCUCACUCCCGCGUCCAAGCUCUUGGUCAAAAGCCAAGAGAAGAACCUCGCAUCCUUCGCUCUCCUGAUCUUCUACGAGAUGGACGCUUGGCACCACCUAAGUGCCGCAGUGGAAGGUACCGUGACACCCUUUGAGAAGUGUCACGAGGGCGAGGACCUCGAGGAAUUAUUUGGCAAAGACUCGGUGAUCAAUCGAUUGUUGAGCGAGGGGAUGACGAAUCUAACGAGUUUGAUGGCGGACGCGCUGGUGAAGGGCUGCAAGAAGGCGCACAUCCUUGAUGGAGUAGGGUCCCUAAUUGACGUGGGCGGGAGUACUGGGGUAGCUGCGCGUGCCAUCGCUAAGUCGUUCCCCAGUAUAAAAUGUGCGGUGCUUGAUCUGCCCCACGUAGUAGCCAACGCGCCCGAGUGUUCCGAGGUGACUUGGAUCGAAGGCGAUAUGUUUGUAUCCAUUCCGAAAACGGAUGUGGUGUUCAUGAAGGUGAGGUCGGUCUUACACGACUGUGGAGACGAAGACUCAGUGAAGAUUCUGAAGAUAUGCAAGGAGGCCAUAUCGGAGAAAGGAGGAAAAGUAGUGAUCGUGGAGAUUGUCAUGGAUGUAGAAUCAUCUUCAUCACCGAACGAGAUUACCGGUGCAAAGCUGAAUCUGGACAUGUCUAUGCUGGUCACACCCGGUGGUAAAGAAAGAAGCGAAGAAGACUGGCAGAAGCUCUUCAAGGAGGCCGGUUACAGCCGGUACAAGAUCACGCCCAUCGCUGCAUUCGAAUCAAUUAUAGAAGUCUUCCCUUGAGUCUUUGCAUGUUUUCGUUGUCGUCUUUCUAGCUAGUUUAGUUUUUGUUUAAAUUUUCGUUCAAAAGUUGUCGUAUUAAUUUGUAGUUGAGUAUAUUCUCCAGAGCACCAUGCUUUACUGCUCACUAGCUAGCCUCAAGGAAUGACAAACGUAAAAGAAAAUGAGAAGAAACUGGUGUUUAUUCACUUGGCCAA